ACAUCUGUGCCCGAAUUCCAAUUCAUUCAACUCUCAGAGGAUCCAGACCUACAGCCUGUUCUCUUUGGCCUCUUCUUGUCCAUGGACCUCUUGGCCCUGUUUGGAAACCUGCUCAUCAUCCUGACAGUAAGCUCUGACUCCCAUCUCCACACACCCAUGUACUUCUUCCUCUCCAACCUGUCCAUAGUUGAUAUUGGUUUCAUCUCCACCACUGUUCCAAGGGUGAUUAUGGACAUCCAAACUCACUGCCGAGUCAUCUCCUAUGUGGGCUGCCUGACACAGAUGUCACUGUUUAUAAUUUUUGCAUCUAUGGAUGAUAUACUUCUGGCUGUGAUGGCAUAUGACCGGUUUGUGGCCAUUUGUCACCCUCUGUAUUACCAGGUUAUCAUGAAUCCCAGUCGCUGUGGUGUCUUACUUCUAGGGUCUUUUCUUCUUAGCCUUGCAGAAUUACUCAUGUACUAUGCAGCAAUAUUAAAUUUUUCCAACUGUGAAGAGUUUAUUGAAAUUUCCAACUUCUUCUGUGACCCUUCUGAAGGACUUAAACUUGCCCACUUUGAUCCUGUCACUAAUACCAUAUUCAGAUUCAGUAUAGCCACUCUCUUUGGGCUGCUUCCUAUGUCAGGAAUCAUUUUCUCUUACUUUAAAAUAGUUUCCUCCAUCACAAGGUCACCAUCAUCAAGUGGGAAGCACAGAACCUUCUCCACCUGUGGGUUUCAUUUGUCCAUUGUUUGCUUGUUUUAUGGAACAGGAAUAGGAGUGUACUUCAAUUCCUUUCUGUCACAUUCUCCAUUAAAUAAUGCAGUGGCCUCAGUGAUGUACACUGUGGUCACACCUAUGUUGAAUCCCUUCCUAUACAGCCUGAGGAACAAGGACAUUAAAACUUCUUUAAGGAAGAUUCUUAACAGAACAUUGUAAUAAUUGACAUUAUUUGUUAAUUUACAUUAACUUAUGUAUAUAUGCAUUAAUGAAUAUGCAUUUACACACCUAUAUAUUAAUUGUUCUUAUAAACUUCAGUUAAUGUCACAUAUUCUUUUCCUAACUGAUACUUUAUAAUAUUGCAUGAGAAAGUGGUGGUCAUUGAAGGUGAAAAUAUGGUGUAUGGGUAGUGAGUUGUUUUGAAGAUAAAAGUCCGCAUAGUUAGUGGUAUCUUUAGGAGGUUUAGCCCUGUUGGACAAAGUGUGUCACUGAGGAGGCUGCCUUAGAGGUCUCUCUUGGUCAUCCAAUAAACUUCCUUUUGAUGACAAGGUAUAGCCCUCUCAGUUCCAGCACCACAUCUGCCUGCAUAACAUCAUACUCCUUGUCUUGAUGAUAAUAGAAUGAACCUCUGAAACUGUAACCAGUCACUUUAAUUAAAGAUUUUCUGUAUAAGAGUUGUUGUAGUCAUAGACUCACUUCAUAGCAAUAGAAAACACUAACCAAAACAGAAAUUGGUACCAGGCACUGGGAUAUUGUUGUGAUAUACCAGACCAUGUGUUUGGAGGAAUUUGGACUUUGGUAUUUUGGGGUAUGAAGGUAGUGUGUUGCAAAGAGAGGGGGCCCUUUGUCCCGGCUGCUGGGCUAUCUCACACCUGAAAUAAUCACACAGAAACUGUAUUCAUUAAAACACUGCUUGGACCAUUAGCUUAUUGGUUAAUUCUUAAAUCUUAAUUUAACCCAUUUCUAUUAAUCUGUGUAUCACCAUGUGACUGUGGCUUACUGGCAGGAUUAUAACCAGCAUUUGUCUCAGGCAGAAGACACAUGGUGUCUCUUACUCUGCCCUUCUUCCAAGCAUUCAGUUCUGUCUUCUCCACCUACCUUAGUUCUGCCCUACCAGGCCCAAAGCUGUUCUUUAUUCAUUAACCAGUGAAAGCAAGACAUGAACAGAAGAACCUCCUACACCAUUUCCUUUUUUUCUGUUUAAACAAAAAGAAAGACUUUAACUUUAACACAGUAAUAUUACAUAUAACAAAACAGGUAUCAAAUUAAAGUUACAGUUAUAAUACAUAUAUUUACUUUAUCUUUUAUCACAACUAAGGAGAACUAUAUAUAACUAUAACUAUAAAUUCUUCAACUCCAUCAAAGACUCCAGAAGGAUAUAAUAUUACCUAAGUAAACAGAAAGUGCAUUGUAAGCAACUUUCAAAGCUCUAGAAAUUACAAAGACAUCUUGCUGCCUGACAGUUACCCAAUGUUCUUCUAUACCAUUGGGGCAUCCAUCUUCGACCUUCAGGCCCAUAGUAUCCAGCAGACUUUUCCAUGAAGCAGGAAAUUUGAAAGACAGUUCUGCCUAUAUUGGCAGUUUUCAGUUACUUCCUUCCAUGUCCUGAAGAAUGUCUCACAGACUCUUUCAUGAAGCAGGAACCCCGAAGGACCAUCUUACCUUUUGGCAAGUUUAGCAGUCAUCUCUCUGUGGUUUCUUCAUGUCCAGUUUAUGUAACAGUCCAGGCAAGAGCAUUUUCAUUCUUUUUGUUUCUUUUCUCUCUCUUUAUAUAUAUAUAUUUAUAUUGAAAAAAUUUGCGCCUCCUCCCCACCUCCCAUUUC